AUGUGCAAGCCCACCGGCGAACCGGGGUGCAAGGCGACGCUCGAGAAGGCGUGCGCCGCCUGCGGCGAGCACAAGCCCGAGGCCGACUACAGCAAGAAGCAGUUCGCCGCCAAGUCGGCCGCGCGGCGCUGCAAGGCCUGCGUCGCGGCCGGGAAGGAGGCCGGCGACGUGUCGAACGAGCUCCGCGCGCCCGCGCCGCUCGCGAAGACGCUCUGCUGGGACCUCUACUACCGGCUCCAGGGCGUGACCAAGGCCGCGCAGGCCGGCGCGGAUUCGGCGAGCAAGAAGGACGCCUACCUGCGCGCGUCCGAGGGCCUCAGCGCGAAGGAGAUGAUGGAGCACGACUUCGCCGACGGCGAGGCCGCGAGCAUGGCCGUGCUCCGCGCCAUGGCGCUCCUCGACACGCCCGGCGGCGGCCCGGACUGCCGCCCGGCGUCCUUCCUCCUCGCCGCCCGCGGCAUGCUCUGGCUCAGCCGCGACGCGCAGAAGCGGAAGCCGCUGCCGCCGGGCGAGUACGCGGGGCUCGCCAUGGAGGGCGAGAGCCUCCAGGCGACGCUGCGCAACUACCUGGACCAGCUGAAGAAGCACGCCGAGUGCGCGCCCCUGGCCCUGGCCUCGUACGCCUUCGCCUGCGUGCGCUGCGUCGCCGUCGACGACGGCCACUCCGCGCGGCCGGCGUGGGCCGAGGCGUGGCUCGUCCGCGCGGAGUGCGAGCUGUUCCUCGGCGAGCUCCAGGCGGCGGCCAAGAAGGGCAAGAGCUCGGGCAAGCGGCCCGCGGGCCGCGUCGGGCCCUGGGGCGACGAGGCCUGGCUCGCGGGCGACGCGGCGGACCGGCCCUGGGAGCCGUCGGUGCCGGGCCACCCGGCGCAGCGCGGCGGCCUCGCGCGGCUCCACCUCGCGGACCACUGGUGGGGCCUCGACGAGACCACGGCCAAGCCCGGCGGCCACCGCGACGGCGAGCUCGUCGACCGCUUCCGGACGGUCUUCGCGGGCUCGCCGUUCGAGCCCUCGGACUUCUUCGUGCGCCACCUCGCGCGCGAGGACCAGAAGGAGUCGCUCUGGGCGCUGGCCUACGUCGACGACGCCAAGGCGACGCUCGGCGUCGCCGACUGCGGCAACUCCAAGCACGGCGGCAAGGUCCUGGCCACGUUCCCCGCGUCCGGCGACGUCUUCGCGGGGCUCCGGCGCGCCAUGGCCGGCGCGGGCGACGAGCCCCGGGCCCUCGCGGGGCCGCCGCGGCGGCCCCGGGCCGUCGAGUUCCCCGCGGACCUCGAAGGCCUCGCGGGCGACCUCGCGCCGAAGCUCGCGGAGGCCUUCGACGUCGAGGCGCGCGUCGCCGCCGCGGGCGCCGCGCCGCGCGCGGCGUUCCGCGCGCUCAAGCGCGACCGCGCGCCGCGCGCGGCCGCGGCGCCGGCCUUCGCCAACGGCGCCCUCGUCACCGUCGCCGGUCUGGUCUCCAAGGCCGCGCACAACGGCCGGAGCGGCGACGUCCUCCGCUGGCUCCCGGACAAGGGCCGCUACGAGGUCAUGCUCAAGCCCGACGGCGACCUCGCGUCGACGCUCAUCUCCCUCAAGCCCGCGAACCUCGUCAUCGCCAGCUGA